GAUUUUUUAGGUUAUGUACUGGUUGACGUUUGCACUUUCUCUGUGCUAUUCAGAUUCGCAAAAGAAUCAGUUUUAGGAUAUAUAAAAUUGUAAUUGUUUGUUCUGUGAUUGUAAUUUGUUUUUAAUUAAGUUUAAAAAUGCAAGAUUCCCUUGAGGAUUACAUACAAUUAUCCAAAAACAGUAAACUAGAUGCGACUGUUAAAAACAGCAAAGAUAUACAACUUACAGCAAAGUUAAAAAACGAAUGUGAUAAAAGAGCCCUAAAGAUUGUUGAGUUUUUGUUGGAUGGGAAAUUGAGACCAGAAAUAUUCUUAAGAUGUCUUCCUUUUAUUAAUCAAGAACAUUAUCAAGAUAUUGUAGAAGAAAGGGCCAUUUUCAAGUUAUGUGGGUAUUCGAUUUGUGGAACAAAAAUCCCUGUUAUGCCAAAACAACAGUAUUAUAUUUCAACAAAGAAAAAUACAAUAUAUGACAUUACUGAUCGAAAGAAUUACUGUAGUAACUUUUGUUAUAAAGCAAGUCUACAUAUCAAAAGUCAAAUUGAUAAUAGUCCUUUAUGGCUAAGAAAAGCAGAAGAUGUUCCAGACUUCAAUUUACUGCCUUCUUCAGAAGGGGGUUUACCAGGAGAGUAUAUUGAUCAAGGCAUUUCAAAACCAGUAGUUGAACCAGUAUUUACAACAAUAUCUACAUUUACAGAAGCAUCUCUAGAUGAUAUUGCUGAUAGGGAAAUAAAUUCACAAAAACCUAAUAAAAGCCCUAACAGUUUUAGAAAAUCUUCCAAAUUAUUGAAAUCUACCAUGCAGACAAUCAAUGAAAAUAAUGAGCAGGUAGAAGGAGAGAUAGAGGUAGAACCUCCCAAAAAAAUACCAGAAAAAGUGAUAAAGGUGACAAAAAGUGAUAGCAAUAAACAAAUUGUACCAAAACUUCCAGUGAUCGAUGAAAAUGAAGAAAAAAGCGAUGUUAAAGAAAAUAAAGAGGAAACAAACACGCCAAAAAAGAACAAAAAAAAGGCUAAAACCACACCCAAACAUAAUAUCGAGUCACAAAUACAAAAAUCACUAAAUGAGUGGUUUACCUUGGAAUCAUACAUAUUUAUAUUUGGGGAACAAUUUAUUAAAAAUUUACUUAGCGAGAAAAAAUUAAGUAGUUUGUUUGACACAUUACAUAUUGAAGAAAUGGACCAAAGCCAUCAAAUUAAAUAUGUGAACAUAUGUAAACGACUGCAGUUACAAGAAAUGGCAGAUGAAAAAUUUGAUAGUUCUGUAACAGGCAAAUCCUUUAAACCAUUGCCGGAUUAUUCCAAAUUAAAGAUGGAAAGUAAAGAUUUAGAUUUAAAAGUAAAGGCCUUUUAUAGCGGUGCAUUAUAUGAAAAGGAAGAUUCAAAUUUUCCAUCAAAUAAAAAAAUAGAGGAAAAAAGUAAAGAGGGAGCUCCUGCAGUAUUACCAUUAGUGGAUGGUAGUUCUCAAAAUGCUUUGAGAAGGAAAAUAUUUUUAAAUUCUAUAAAUAAGGCAAUGCAAAUGCUAUUACAAGCAUUAAAAGUCACUUCUUACUCCUCAGUCUUGUCAGAUGUACAAGCCCUAGUCAAAACUUUCAAAUUAAAUGCAACCAAUAUUGUAUUUAAACCAAUUAUAUGGAAUUAUAUUUCAAUUUUAAUAUUGAACAUAUUGUCUAAUAAGGAUAAAGAACUUCAAAAAAUUAUUGAGGACAAGAGAUCUCAAGAACACUUUGAAUUAAUUUUUAGUUCAUUACCAAAUAAGACCAAACUUCUGAAAGACUUAUUGGCCAAUAUUCAAAAUAUUGACUUAUUUAUUGAAAAUUUUAUCAUUUCCAAGGAUCUGUGAUUUUAAUUUGUAUGUAUGCCUAAUUAAUAUAAUAAGCAA